GCGCUGCUGUUCGUCAAGGGCGCCGUGUGGAAGGCGCUCUUCGGCAAGGAGGCCGACAAGCUGGAGCAGGCCAAUGACGACGCGCGUACCUUCUACAUCAUCGAGCGCGAUCCGCUCGUCAACACCUACAUCUCCGUGCCCAAGGAGAACAGCACGCUCAACUGCGCCAGCUUCACGGCCGGCAUCGUGGAGGCCGUGCUGACGCACAGCGGCUUCCCCGCCAAGGUCACGGCGCACUGGCACAAGGGCACCACGCUCAUGAUCAAGUUCGAGGAGGCGGUCAUCGCCCGAGACCGGGCCCUGGAGGGCCGCUGACCCCGCGGGAGAUAAAGGUUGCGGAGAGCCCCUUCC